CUCCAUACAACCCCUGGCUUCAUUCAUUCGAGGCUCACAGCCCGUCCAGGGUAGACGUGUUGCAAAGUGUCAUAACGUAAACAAUUAUCAACAGUUACUCGUUCGAGCAACGUUGGAAAGCUCUGAUCAAACUAUGAAGACGCGAUCACAAUCUCAUUGAAAUUAAAUAAAAUAUACGAGCAGACAAUAAAUAAAGCCAAAUUAAUUAUUAAAUGUAGCUAUAUUGUAUAUAAUUGGAAGAUAUAAAUCGAUAUUUCUGAACGCAAAAAUGUCAAGCGACUCCCCUACAUCGGUGAAAAUUUUGAAUUUAGAACGCGCCUCAAAUUUCAUGAGGCAAUUCCGCGAUCCUGAUUCGAGAGAACUGAAGAAGCUGUCCGCCAACCAGUUUAUGGAGGUCUGGAGCCAUUAUGACAGGGACGGUAACGGCUACAUAGAAGGCACGGAGCUGGAUGGUUUUCUAAAGGAAUUCGUCUCCAGCGCCAAUUUUACUGACAUCAGUCCAGAUGCUGUGUCUGACUCGAUGUUGGUAGAAUUGAAGGCAUGCUUUAUGGAGGCCUACGAUGACAAUCAGGAUGGAAAAAUCGACAUAAGAGAGCUCGCCCAACUGUUACCGAUGGAGGAGAACUUCCUUUUGCUUUUCCGAUUCGACAAUCCCUUGGAGUCCAGCGUGGAGUUUAUGAAAAUUUGGCGGGAAUACGACACAGACGGCAGCGGAUAUAUUGAAGCAGACGAACUGAAGAAUUUCCUUAGAGACCUUCUCAAAGAAGCUAAGAAAAUUAAUGACGUUUCAGAAGAUAAACUUAUAGAAUAUACGGACACUAUGCUCCAAGUAUUCGAUUCGAAUAAAGAUGGGCGUCUACAACUGUCUGAAAUGGCGAAAUUACUCCCCGUUAAAGAGAAUUUCCUCUGCCGUCAAGUGUUCAAGGGCGCCACGAAACUAACGAAGGACGACAUUGAACGAGUAUUUUCGCUUUAUGACAGGGAUAACAACGGGUCCAUAGAAAACGAAGAACUACGAGGCUUCCUUAAGGAUCUAUUGGAGCUUGUAAAGAAAGACUACGACGCUCAGGACCUCCUUGAAUUUGAAGAGACAAUUCUUCAAGGUGUCGAAUACAGCAGCGAAGGAAAAAUAAGCCGGAAACAGCUAACUAUGAUUCUUCUAGCACUCGCUAAGCACAACCAAGAAGAUGACGUCAUCCCCUGAAAGAAACAGAAGUCACAACACACUCCGUCCCAGUAAACAGAAUAAAAAUCAUUACGAGCAUUUUCUUAUUUGUAUUGUGGUAUUUUGUUGUCGAUGGUAUAUGAAUAUAAUUGUUGUCUAUGGCUUCUAGUAGAAUGUUGCUAAUCUGUGUCUAUUAUCUACUAACCGUGUAGUUAUAUUAAAACGAUUAUUUUGACCGUGAAUACGAUGAAAAAUGCGGUACAUUAUUGAAAUUUAAUGACAUCUUGUGCUUCAUAGUUUUUCUACGAGAAGCUUAAAAAGGUUUAAUGUUAUACAGCCAAUUACGAAAAAAUACUUCUAUCUAAACUUAAUCGGUAAUCAGUUGUUAACAGGACAAAUACUAGAAACUAAAAUUAAUAUUUACUAAUAUCAAACGAUCGAAAGAAAAUAUUUACAAUAAUUAAAAUAUUUUAAAAUUCUUAGCAAUUUGAUCUUAAACUAUAUUCAUUAGAUUUCAUGUUUGAAUAUGACAGGACGGCCAUUUUGAAUUGUUCAACUAUGACCUAACUAAUUGUAAUUUUUUUUUAAAUCUAUUGAAACAAAGUUAUAAAAAUAUUUUUUGGUACUUUAAUAAACUACUUCAAAUCAAUUUAAUUAUCAAUUUUUGCCAUAUCUUAAUUAAAUAAUAUUAUAAUAAAUCGAGCACCAUUUUAUAACGUUCAGAAUUUUAAUAUUUAAAUAAGUAUUUUAUCACAUUCUUCUAAAAUGGAAUCCAUAGUUGAAAUGACGUCAUCAUAAAGCCAAAGCGAUUGCCAAAUAUGUUAGAAUAGUUUACAAAGCAAGUAAGUAUUUUCGUAUUAUAUUUUAUUGAGAUUUUUUUUGUUUUCACAUUAUAAAAAGGUUACAUAUCUUCUAGCACCACUUCCGAGUAUUUCAUUUCGAAACAAUAUGUGGCUUGUAUAUGCGAAAGCAAAAUUUUAAUAUAGAUAAAAAUUUUAAUAUAAUAAAAUAUAACGAUCACACCAAAAUACACGAAAAUAUAAUAGUUUUAUGUAAAUAACAGCAUGAUUUUUGUAUUUUUUGUACAUUAUACACUUUAAACAUAAAUAACGUGAGUUUUGUGUCGUCAAUAAAAAAAAAUAUGACAUUUAUGGCAUUAAAAAUCCUUAAAAAUGUCAUGUUUUUUUUAAUAUAACCAGACAAAGUAUUAUUAAUUAAAUGAAUCUUAAUUAAAAAAUAACAAAAAUGUCAACAUUGUUAAUGUACAUCACUUACUAUACACUAAAAUAAGAUUUUUAUUUGGCACCUUUACUUCCAUAUAAUUCAUUGUGGCGUUAAUGGCAAAAUAUUCUGAACUAAUAUAUAUAAUAAUAUAAAAAAACCGGAUAUAUGUGUUGUGAUGGCUAUAAAAUUAAUGUCAAAAAAAGCACAAAACGCCAAGUUAUUUAUAUUUAUUAUGUAUACAUAGAUAUAAGUAAAAUGUGUUAUA